GAAGUCUGUGGAUAUGAGCCGGCUAGCCAACAACUAACCAGCUACAAACGCAACCAAACAUAAAAAAAAUACUGUAAGCUAGCUGUGCCCAGAAGGAGUAGAGAUGUUGCCCCAGCUGUGACCUCAGCACUUCAUGGGUUGCUAGGUUACACAUCGUUCCUAAGCAACCAUAGGAAAAAAGUCAAAAUAUUGGGCCUAUAUGUUUUUUUUCCAAGUGUUAUCCAGCAGCUGAGUAUUUUCAAUGUAUUUUUGUUAUCCAUCAGGUGUUUUCUGUUUGCCCUGAAUGACAUUUAAUACAAAAUUUGACCAUGACUAUCUGCUCUUGGGUGUCCAUUGGAUGUCCACUGCGCUAGCUGUGGCAAAUCGCAAUGUGGCAGAAUAUUUUACCUUUCUUUUUGAAUUAUCAGAGACAUCCUUAAUGAUUCUUGGUGUGUAUUUGGACAUGGGCUUUUUCUAAAUGAAACAGUUGACCUUACCCGGGGUAAGUGUAAAUGGGACGGGUAAGAAAGAUCGCAUUUGACAACAGAUUGGGUUGAAUAUAUCUGGCGCUAGGACCCGGCAGAGUCUGUAGCGCACAUGGCAGUGUGUGGCUGCUCUGGUACGACUGGAUGGAAAGUCCGCUUCUCUACUCUCACACAUCUCCUCUCAUUCUGUCUUUUCUAUCGCUCCCUGCAAUGUCCCUCUCACAUGAGCAACACGUCCACACAAAAACAUUCAGCUAACACAUGUAUUUGCACGUCUUUCCCCAGACCUUUGCGCGACAAACGUCUGGUGUAGUACGGAAAACUUUUUGACAGCUUCUGUCUAGGAGUGACAGCCUGCCGCAUCUCGUUGGGAGUCUGUUAGGUGAAGAUUUUUUUUUCUCCCCCCUUUUACUACUGUUGAUUGCUCUGACCCGUUUCUCCACCCUGUCACCUGUGUGGAGUGUUUAGUCUUGCUGCAUUAAUAACGCAGUCCCGACCGGAGCGCUUUCCCCGGUUUCACCCCACCGAGCCCGGGCAUCAUGAGAAGCUGGCGGCGGCGGAAGAACUUUGCUUUUCUCAUCUUCGCUCUCCGCAUCUGGUGCCUGUCCACGGCAACAGAAAAUGCUGACAACAAGGUUUACAAGGAGGGAAGUAGUCCAGACAAGACUGAACAGCGAGAGGAUGCGGCUAAACCAGAGCGAUAUGGGACAACUGUACCUCUGCUGCUGAAGGGCACGGAGCGCAGACCUCUCAGCCAGCUCACGUCUGGGAGUUAUCCUGCGUCACUCCAGUUGCUGGUACGUGCUGAAGGUGAACAGCUGAUCCUGGUGCUGGAGAAAAACGAGGGUCUUUUUGCAAGCCAUUACACUGAGACACAUUACCGGGAGGAUGGAAGUGCAGUCACCGGUGCUCACAACUUUACGAAUAACUGCUACUACCAUGGGGAAGUGCAGGCCCAUCCAAACUCUGAUGUCACUCUCAGCGUCUGCUCAGGCCUGCGAGGCUUCAUCGCACUUGAAAACAAAACAUUCAUCAUUGAGCCCAUGUCUGGCCAUGACACCGGGGCCCACUUCAUCUACCGAGUGGAAGAACUCAGAAUGACCCCCGGAGCCUGCGGCCAUGGUUUCAACAUGUCCUCCAUUGCCCCUGAAAACCACAUAAAAAGCCCCUUCCAGUCCUUCCACACGAGGCAUAAAAGACACACACAGAAGACAACCAAAUACGUCGAGCUGAUCAUUGUUGCAGAUAACAGAGAGUUUCAGAAACAGGGGAAGGACGUGGAGAAGGUGAAACAGAGACUGGCAGAGAUAGCCAAUUACGUAGACAAGUUCUACAGGGCCCUGAACAUCCGGGUGGCGUUGGUGGGUCUGGAGGUGUGGAGUGACUCAGAUAAAUGUCCCAUCACUCAGGAUCCCUUCACCACCCUGCAUGAGUUCCUUGACUGGAGGAAAGUCAAACUGCUGCCCCAGAAACCUCACGACAACGCUCAGCUCAUAAGCGGGGUUUACUUCCAGGGCACCACCAUUGGCAUGGCGCCCAUUAUGAGCAUGUGUACAGUUGAACAGUCUGGAGGCAUUGUCAUGGAUCAUUCUGAGAACCCACUGGGUGCAGCUGUGACUUUGGCCCAUGAGCUGGGACACAAUUUUGGCAUGAACCACGACACCCCAGAGCGAGGUUGUGGCUGCAGGAUGACCGUUGAUCGUGGAGGCUGUAUCAUGACUCCAUCCACGGGGUAUCCAUUCCCAACAGUGUUCAGUACAUGCAGUAAGAAGGACCUUGCCGCCAGUCUGGAGAAAGGCGUGGGCAUGUGUCUCUACAACAUGCCGGAGGUCAAGGUGCUCUACGGUGGACAGAAGUGUGGCAAUGGCUACGUGGAGGAAGGAGAAGAGUGUGACUGCGGGGAGCCAGAGGAAUGUAUGAACCCAUGCUGCAACGCCACCACGUGCACGCUCAAGGGAGAUGCUGUGUGCGCCCACGGACAGUGCUGUGAAGACUGCAGGCUCAAACCAGCUGGCACCCUGUGUCGAGAGUCCAGUAACUCCUGCGACCUGCCGGAGUUCUGUACUGGUGCCAACCCUCACUGCCCGGCCAACGUCUAUCUGCAUGAUGGACAUGCCUGCCACAACGUGGAGGGCUACUGCUACAACGGCAUCUGUCAGAAUCAUGAGCAGCAAUGCAUCACCCUGUGGGGACCAGGAGCCAAGCCUGCCCCUGGUAUCUGCUUUCAGCGAGUCAACUCUGCAGGGGAUCCGUACGGGAAUUGUGGGAAGGAUUCCAAAGGCUCCUUUGCCAAAUGUGAUUCGAGGGAUGCAAAGUGUGGUAAAAUUCAGUGCCAGGGAGGAGCCAACCGGCCAGUGAUCGGAACAAACGCGGUCUCCAUUGAGACCAACAUCCCGCUUCAAGAAGGAGGGCGUAUUCUGUGUCGGGGAACACAUGUUUACCUGGGUGAUGACAUGCCUGACCCUGGACUGGUUCUGGCUGGUACAAAGUGUGGAGACGGCAUGGUGUGCCUGAAUCGGCAGUGCCAGAACGUCAGUGUUUUUGGUGUGCAUGAGUGUUCUGGAAAGUGCAAUGGACGUGGGGUGUGCAACAACAAGAAGAACUGCCACUGUGAAGCACACUGGGCGCCUCCGUUCUGUGAGAAAGCAGGCUUUGGAGGAAGCAUUGACAGCGGGCCAAUGAGACUGGCAGAUGUGCGUGUUUGUGUAUUAAUGUGCGUGUUGUCAUAUGUGGCAUCAGCCGACAGCGUGGUCAUUACUGUGGCAAUCCUGCUUACCCUGGUCAGCCUUCUGGUAGCCACAGUAAUCAUCUUUCUGAAGAGGAAGACUCUGCUGCGCCUCUUCUUCACCAAUAAGAAGAGCACCUUGGAGAAACUCAGAUCUGUGGAGGCCAACAGGCCAAUCAGCCCCAUCAGGACUCAGUCCAUGUACAGACCCACACCACAGCGCAAGCCUCCACCCAAACCCUCCGGAGCCAACAUUUAUAAGCCAUCUCUCCUGAGCGCGGAGCCUCUUCUCCCCCCCCACAACUUCCACUCUCACAGCCUGCGCAGACUACCCCUCUACCAGCCCCUGCACAUCAGCCAGCCCAUGCCGGUGUCCCUGAGUGUGGGCCAGCCCACCCUGCCCCCUCUUCCAGUCCACCACAGAGUCCUGCCUGCCCACACCGCCGUCUCGCCACCCAGAGUGCCACCUUUCCUCAGUCUGCCACGCCAGCAGUCGUCAUACAGAAUAGACCAGGAUUUCGAGAAACCCAGUCCACCCCAGAAACCUCUUCCUGCCGACCCACUAGGGAGGAGCACUCGGCUGGGUCACAGUGCAACACCAGCGGGGAUCCACAUCCCUGUAAAUGGACCCCUGCCCAUACCUAUCCCCACUCCACCCACCAUCCCAUUACCCAGCAGACCUGUGCCGGUGUUGCCCUACAGACCACCAAAGACUCACAAGGAUUGCUGAGCUCUCGACGUCAUGGACGAGUAGAUCUCCUACCACUAAGCGGAGACUUUCUUGAUUUGCACUAAUUACUGAGACCCUGUAAGACCUUUCGGACAAUUGGAAGUGUUGCAGCGUUUCUAGCGAAAGGGGGCUAACAUCACAUCUCAGUGCUACGCCUCUAAAAGGUGCUUUGUUGUCCUUGCUCAGGUACCAAUAAACUAUUUAUCUAUUUAACUACGAUAUUUAACUUCGGGAUUGUGCACAGAGCACUCCAAGAAAGAGUGAUUUUCCCUGAGGAAGAGUUUGGAGAAACUAAAAGGAACAUGGUGUUGUUUAGGAUAUUUCUUUUGCAUAUUUUCUUUGGUGACUUUUAUACUUUUUUCUCAAACAAAAUGCUGAAAUAUAUGAUGUUUUUUAUAACCUGUGAAGUUGCUUGAAUAAUUGACGCGCAAAAAAGUUUGUUUUGACGAUAAAGGGAAACGGAGCACAACUCAGCAAGUCGACAGCAUUAGUUUGUGGCCCACAGAGCAGUGACAUUCACUUAUUCACUUUUUUUUAAAUAUAUAUAUAUAUAUAUUUUUAAACAACCAACAACAUAAUACACAGUAACAAACAAAACAUAAUAACGCACAUAAGUGGAAAAAAUAAUCAUUUGAUACAAAGCUAAAGUGACAAGAAAAAGUAACAUGAUACUUAACAACCUUGACAAUAACAAUAAUAAAUAUACACUUGGAUGAUAUAACAUGCGAUAUUUGUGUUACCUUCCGAAAAAUAGCACCGGGAAAAGAAGAGAAAGUAUAUGUACAUAUCAUAUGCAUAACCAUAAACUGACAUAUACAUACACUUAUACACACUGUACAUACGGCACAUGCACUCAUACAUACAGUACGUUAUGCUUGUAUACUCUAUACGUACAGUGUACAUUGUAAGAAAUACACGUAAUGGCCAAUAUAACACAAGGAUGCACAAAUUUAAAAUGCACAAAGGAACAAAUACAAAUACCAAUUCAUUAUUCUUGUAUCUUGAGUUGUUUAAUAAAACUGUCCCACCUCUUUAUUAAAGAAGGUCUUUCAGUCCAGUAUUUGAGGACUAAUCUGAGCAUUGAAACAAUUCUCAUGCAUACAAUUUUAAAUUGCCCUGCCCCUCACUGGCUGUAUGACAGGAUAGUCCCACAGUGUGUAAAGAAGCGAGCCUUAUGCUCCUCUACACCUCCAGCACAUCUUAUCCUGGUUCAGCCUCAUCCAGUGUAAUUUGAUGGGUGUGUUGUAAACUCUGUUCAAAACCUUAAAUAGGUUACCUCUACCCUUAGCUUUAUAUUCCCCCUACUAUUUGAUACAAUAUGAGACCAUGUCUCCCUAUCUAUUUCACAUUUCGAGACAUUUUGCCAUACGAUUCCCAAACUGUCACAAAUAACACUAUUCACUUUUCAUAACAUUUUAUAAAAUACUGAAGCUGGAAAAAAGCUCCUCAAUCACAAUUGUUCCUUUGUGCAUCUCAACAGUAUACACUUUGGUUACACAGCUUUUGAUUUGCAUUUAUCUCCAAACAUCCUUACAAUUCAAAGUAUACAGAGCACACAUCUCAUCAAAUGAAAGAUAUAAUUCAUCCAUGUGAAGAUCUCCAAAAGUACGCACUCCCUCUUUUACUGGUUUUUCUCAAUAAAUAGACUUCUUUCCCAAACAGCUCUCAGGAUUAUUCCAUACAGAAACAUGUCCCUACGUAUAGAGAGAUCCCUUCAUCAUUAUGUGUGUCAUAUGCCAUACCUUCCUGGAGUGGUCAAAAAUAAGACUGAUGUCCUGCACACCUGAAUGUUUGCAGAUAUAGGCAUUGCUUCUGAUUUAUGCCAGUUGACCCUGUAUCUUGAUAUCUUAGAGAACUUCUGUACUGUUUCCAUGAGAGGAGAAAUUGAGGAAAUAGGGUCCCUUAGCAGCAACAAAAUAUCAUCUGCAUAUAAAAAAAGCUUAUGCUCCUGGCUCCCUCUCUCUGCAUUUUUAUAGAUAUAACUAAUGGUUCUAAAGCUAAAAGAAAUAAGAGGGAUGACAUUGGACAUCCCUGCUUGGCUGCCUUCUCUGCGUCCAGAGAAAGCGCAGCGACAGGGCAGGAUGUUGACCUGUUAAGCCAAAUAACAUACAGAAAGAGCCGAAUACUGUCGGUUGAGCUCCUAUUCUUCAUAAAGCCCACUUGGGCAUGAUGAGUAAUACUUGGAAGAACUCUCUGUAAUCUGGCAGCUGGGGUCUUUGAUAGCACCUUUCCAUCAGCAUUACUCAAUGAAAUACGAUAAUAUGAUAAUUAAAAGGAUCCAUUAAGUCUCUAUCCUUUUUGGGGAUAAGAGUUAUCAGGGCCUCCCUGAAGGACUCAUGUAGUCUUUUUUAUUUGAAAUGCUUCUAUAACCACAUCUGUUAAUCUUUGGGCUAGUAUGUCAUUGAAAGAUUUAUAAUAUUCUAUGAGCAAACCAUCUAACCCCGAGGAUUUGCCGUCAUUUAAUUUGAAGAUGGUCUUUCUAACCUCUAUGCUUGAAUAUUUGAAAAUGUAAUUUAUGUACAAAAACAGGAUCCUCAACAUUAGAAAGAUAUAGAUAGAUAGAUAGAUAUUACAAAGAUUCAUUUUAACUGCGUAUAAUAUGGUUUUGACACAAAUAACUCAUCCCUGGUGAUCCUUGCAUAGUUUCAAAAGAUCAAUAUUCAAAUGCUUCUUAAAUAAAAUAACCACACCAUUUCUUUUUCUUGAAUAAGAACUAUGCACUAUGUUUCCUACCCAGUCUCUUUUCCACAUUGUUUCUAAUUCUGUGAAAUGGGUUUCUUGUAUAAAGGCUACAUCCACAUUUUUCCCUUUUAAAUAUGCCAGACAUCUCCUAUGUUUUACCGGGUUACGAGAACCAUUUAUAUUCCAUGUAACCACUUUCAGUAUCUUUGCCAUAGGGAGAUUUUUUAUAAUCUUUCAGGCCUGUGCAUUAUAUCGUUUUAAUAUCAUCCCAAGUGCAAUGAACAUGUAGUAAAAGAGAAAGAAAGGGAAAGAAAAGGCAAAAGACAAAGACAAGUAAGAAAACAUGCACACAUAACCCUCCAAAUCCCGCCCCACCCACCCAAAUGACCCAAAGUGAACAUAUAUUACAAUAUUCCUUACAUCCCGUGGGGGCAGUAGGCACAUGAACGCUACCCCUGACCUUCAUCCCCCUUUCACUAUGCUCGCAGAAAACUGACUGCAAGGCCACCUCAGUCCCCAUUUCCCACAUUUUUAUGAUGUAUUAAACUCCAGAUAUAUCUUCUCUAUUCACACCUCCACGGUGCUAUACAGUAAAAAUCAAUAAAACCUUUUCUUCUCUGAAAGUGAGAAAACACGUUGUGGAGCUACAACUGUUUCAUCAUUUUAAAAACUGAAAUAGUUGAACUCAUAUUAAAGCCUCGGACUACAUUUUUUUAAUGCGGGAUCAAUCCGAUCGGCUCAUUCUUCAGUCUUACAGUCACGCUCCUUCAUUCCCUUAUAAGUUCACCUUCGCAGUACAGAGCAAACACGAUUAAUACUUUUCACACAUUGAACACUGCUCGGGGCAUUUGUUGGAUGCUCAUCAUGUUUCUCUUGAUUCUGGCAGACGCUGCAGAAACUGAACAGAUUUGACAGACUGAUUGUGUUCCAGAGAAUUACACCAACACCAAAUAAUUCAACAUUAACUCUGAUGUUUGUAUGUUUUACAUUAACGCUCGCUUGGUCCUCGAGUUUCUGAGCCAAGCAAGAUGACUUCAGCGUCGUGAGCUUUCCAAGCUCCUCCUCAACCGUGUCCAACAAGAUGUUUUACCGGAUCUGUACCGUCCUUUUUUUUUUGCCUUCAUAACAUUCCUUUUGGAUUUUGUAUGGCUGUUAUUCUUGAACUCUGAGAUUAUUCAUGCAUUCAUUGCAUCAUUCAUGAGAUUCGGAGCUUGGCGUUGCACUUUGAGUUAGGCACUUUCCUUGAUGUUAUUUGUUGUUGACUUGUUGUACAAGGAGGGAUUCAACUGUUCAAAUUUUACAGCGCCGUUUUUUUUGUUUGUUUGUUUGUUUGUUCGUUUUUUUCCUGUCGUUGACUGUGUCAGUGUUCACAAUCAAGCUUUGGAUGAUGCAUUUUGUUUUUGCAGUAUAUCCAAACACAGCGCAUGUUUUCCUCACAUCUGCAGAAUGAUUGAAAUCAGUAAUGCCAGGCAUUUCUGUGUCGCAUAUGUGUACAUAAGUGUGAAAGUAACACUUUUUCUUGAUUUGGAAGUGUUCAGAUGUGUUGGACAGUCAGAGUAACUGCUCUCCGCUGGAAAAUAUUUGUUAGUGCUGUGUCGAUUAGUCGUUAAAUGUUUAUGCCAUUUGUAAAUCCUAAAUGUAAUGUGUUUAUUUGCAUAACUGUAACAUGUUCAAAAGCCAUUGUAAAGUGUAAAUAUUGUAUGUCAGUUAUCAUAUCGCUUCUCUUUUUGUUCUUUUUUUACGAGCACAGUGAUAUAAGAACUGCUUUGAGGCCCCAUUUACAUCGGGGGAUUACAAAAUCAUUUUGAAAUUUCAACCUAUAACUUGUAGGCCAGAGACAAAUGUUUGAGGUUAAGAGAUUUUAUUGAUAUAAUCGCAAAGCCAAAUAAAAGUUCCUUUACGACU